AUGUUUUACAACUAUUCUUUAUAUAACAUUGUUCCGACAGAAAAUGAACAUUUGCAGUUUCUACAAAAUUUGGACCAUCAAAAAUAUAUUGAUGUGGUAUUUUGGAAGAAACCGUACAAAUUGUAUGAAAGUGUCCAAGUAAUGGUGAAUCCAAAUGACGUGGGCAGGUUUCUUGAAAGAACGCAGCACUACAAGUUGAAGGCUGAUGUAUUGAUUAAUGAUAUUCAAAGAGCUUUUGAUAAUCAAAUGAUUAGUAAGAAUUAUAAAUUGAGAGAAAACACUUUUACGUGGAAUGUGUACCAUACGUUAUAUGAUAUCUACAAAUGGCUUACCGAUAUGGCCGUAAAAUAUCCUAAAAAAGUUGAAAUGGUUUCAAUUGGCAAGUCUUCAGAAGGCAUAGAUAUUUUCGGUAUAAGCGUUAGGACAAAAAAUCCAAAGUUCGGAGUUAUAGUAGAAGGUGGAAUACACGGCAACGAAUGGAUUUCAGUAGAAGUAGUUACGUACUUAUUGGACCAGUUAUUAUCAACCGAUGUGAAGAAGAAUUACCAAUUAAUCCGACUGCUGAAGAAAUAUGACUGGCAUUUAAUACCAGUUGUGAAUCCUGAUGGCUAUGUCUAUAGUCAGACUAUGGAUCGCUUAUGGAGAAAGAAUAGAAGAAAAUUAAGACAUGGUUAUGGUGUCGAUUUAAACAGAAAUUUUAAUUACAGUUUUGGCAGAUUCGGAACAAGCGAUGACGAAAAGGAUGACUGCUUUUCCGGACCACAUCCUUUUUCGGAACCAGAAUCAAAGGCGUUGUCAAAAUUUAUAUAUCAGAAUAGAAAAAACUUGAGAUUUUACUUUUCAUUUCACGGGUAUGGACAGAAGAUAAUUAUACCCUAUGCCGAUAGGAUAAGGCAUAUUGAAAAUUAUGCAGAGGCGGAACAUUAUGGCAAACAAGCAAUAACGAAAAUGUUCAAAGUAAACGGCAUCAAAUAUGAACUUGGUAGUCACUAUGACACCUUAGGCCUACGUAUUUCCGGUAACAGUGGCAGUUAUGUUAAGAAGACAUACGACGUAAGGUAUGUCUACACAUUUCUUCUGCGUGAUAAUGGAACCUACGGUUACGCACUCCCUCCAAAACAGAUACUGCCAACUUGCCAGGAAGCUGUCGCUGGUAUCGCAGAAUUAAUGACGGUGUCACAAAAAAAAGUGGACCUGAUGAGCGGCGGUGAACAGUUGACAACCCGUUUAGUAUCGACAUUAAUUUCGGUUAUAUUUAUUAUAUGGGCUAUUCCAUUAAAUGAAGAUCAUUUAGUAUUUCUCGAAACUUUGGUAGACAAUUAUGAUGUAAACAUAUGGAAGGACGUAGGAGUUAUGUAUAAUCCUGUUGAUUUCAUCGUACACCCUGAGGACCGGUCUGAUUUGAUUAUCGAUGCAGCAAAACUUGGCCUAACGCUUGAAACCGUAAUUGUUAAUGUGCAAAAAGCAUUCGAUCAGCAAACAGUGAAACCGUAUAUUAGAAGAAGAAUGAACACUAUGGAUUGGAAGAACUUCUAUCGCCUGAAUGACAUUUACGGCUGGCUUGCAGACUUAUCCGCAGCAUAUUCUGGUGAAGUAUCAGUGGAGAGUAUUGGAAAAUCACAUGAAAAUAGAGAUAUAAUAGCUGUCAGGGUGCUCUUGAAAGGAAGUCAACGAAGGUCUAAAGUCAUCAUCGAAGGAGGGAUACAUGCCAGAGAGUGGAUCGCUCCAGCGUUUGUAACUUAUUUGAUUUUUUCCAUCGUUACUGCGCGCACUUCCAAAGUUACAGGCUUGAAAGACAUUGCUUUGACGUACGAAUGGUAUUUUGUACCAGUUUUGAAUCCUGAUGGAUACGAAUAUUCACACACUGAAGACCGGUUAUGGAGAAAAAAUCGCAACAAGAUCCCUGUAGACAUAAACAGGAAUUUUGAUGCUGAAUUUGCAACUUUAGAAGACACUGAAAAGUGGUCAGAUUCCUAUCCUGGACCAAAAGCAUUUUCAGAAAACGAAAGUAGGGCUAUGGCAUACUUCGUUAAAUCUAAGAGUUUUAAUUUAGAAUAUUAUAUUGCUUUUCAUUCUUAUGGAGAAUAUAUGAUCCUGCCUUAUGGGUAUUCAAUAGAACACUUGGAAAAUUUCGAUGAAGUGUACAAAAUGUGUUCUGCAGCCGCAAAAAAAAUAUACGAGAGGCAUCAGACAAGAUAUAAAAUUGGAAUACCUUAUGAAACUGUUGGUUAUACUACAAAAGGAGUAAGUGGAUGUUGGGUUAAAAAAACAUUCGAGGUUCCGUAUGUGAUCACGUUUGAACUCAGAGACAAAGGUAAAGAGGGUUUUUCUCUAUCUCCUACGAAAAUACUCCCUACCUGUGAAGAAACCCUUGAUGGUUAUACAGCACAUGGAGGAAGCGCUUGCUGGGCUAAAAAAGAGUACAAAAUUCCGGAUCAGUGCGGUAAACUAAUAAAGCUAUUAAACCGAAACAAAUACAAAGUAUCGGGAUCCCAAUUAGACCGAGCGACUGGCGUGAUGCCAGACGAUGGUAACAACGGCACAGCAAUUGAACAAAUUAACGCAGAGUUAGAUGGAUCGGUGCGGUGGUUGCGGAUAGUGGAAUUGCGACGUGAUCUCAUUCAUUACACGUUCGCAUUAGCGAGUGCAACCGGAACGCAGACGACGUCCCCUGAUUUAUUGGGCCACCUCCUGCCCUUAACGACACGUUGUGAUGUACGGCUAAUGGUGUAUGGUAUAACUGAGAAGCAGAAGAGAUCACAAGCAGGUCAAUUAGUUGAAGCAACUUCUGUGUUUGGUGAUCAAGUGAAAUAUGACAAUUAUGCAUUGUACAAAGUGCAUGCAGAAAACAACGAUCAUGUGAAAUUCCUACACCUUCUGGAAGCGGACAAAGAUUUUUUACAAUUCUGGAAGACUCCCAGUCAUGUUGGUGAUUACGCUAGUAUUGUGAUACCACCUGCAAAUUUAGAUGAAUUUGAACAUAUUCUUCGGAAACGUAACAUUCGUUCAGAACUUAUGUUGGAAAAUAUACAAGAGGCUUUCAAUGCACAAGUUUUCAGCAGAAGAAAACGUGAUGUAAACCAACAAUUACUCUGGUCAAACUAUCAGACUGCGGAAGAUAUCUACAACUGGUUUGAUAUCUUGGCAAGGAAUUAUAGCAGAAUUGUUUCCAAAGUCAUCGUAGGACAAACUCACGAAGGCAGAAAUAUCACAGGAAUCAAAAUUACCCGUGGCACUGGUAAACGAGUUUUUGUACUACAAGCUGGCGAAAUAGGUGCUGAUUGGUUAUCGCCUACAGUUUUGACUUACGUCGCAGAUCGACUUAUUCAUAGUAAUGACCCUGAGAUCAGAGCUGCUGCUGAAGACUUUACGUGGUACAUUUUUCCUUUGUUAAACCUUGAUGGCUUCCAGUUUACUCAGGAUUCAGUCAGACUCUGGACAAAAAAUCGAAAACCUGUUUCUACCAGUGCGAUUGGUGUCGAUUUAACUAAGAACUGGAAUUCACAUUGGGGAGUGAGCGGAGGCAGUUUCAACCGAGCUAGUAAUAAUUACUAUGGGCUCGGGCCUUUCUCUGAGCCAGAAACUAGGGCGAUAUCGGAUUUCAUAGUUAAUAAUAUCGGUACCCAGAUUACUGGAUUCUUGAACUUCAGAUCUUUUGGGCAAAGAAUUGUGAUCCCUUUCGCACAUACUGACAACCCAAUGUAUAAUUAUAAUGAAAUGGUAACCAUUGCAAGACGAGCCGCUGGGUCUUUAUCGGUUAGAUACAACACUCAAUAUUUAGUUGGUAACUCACGUGCUGUUCAUGAUGGCGCAACAGGCAGCGUUAUUGACUGGAUUAAAUACCGAUUCAAUCCUCCGAUUGUAGCCUCCUUCCUUCUAAGAGACACUGGAUUUAGAGGGUACACUUUACCCGUAACAGAAAUCUUGCCCACUUGUUUGAAAGAAACGUUUGAAGAAUACGAUUUUUGGGAUGAAAUUCUUGUAUCACAAAAUGUUAAUAUUUUGUCUAAACCUGACAUGAAAUCUGACUUGGAAAACUUUUUGAGCGGUGCUGGAAUUGAUUUUGAGAUUACUUUGGAGAAUAUACAAGAAGUCAUAGACAAAGAAACCAAAAAACACUACACAAGAAACGACAUCAGAAGCAUGCAAUGGGAUUCUUACUAUACUUUAGAAGAUAUAAAUACUUGGCUUGAUGACAUGGUGUUAGCUCAUCCUGAUACAGCUUCUAUAAUAAUUGGCGGCAGAUCACAUGAAGGUCGGGACAUAAAAGGAAUUCGUAUCUCUCAUGGAGCUGGUAAAAGAGCUGUUUUCAUAGAAAGUGGAAUUCACGCAAGGGAAUGGAUAUCACCAGCAACUACUAAUUUCAUCAUUAAUGAGCUGUUAACAAGUGAUGAUGAAGAAGUGAAAAUGAUAGCAAAUGAUUAUGACUGGUACAUUUUUCCUGUUACCAAUCCUGACGGCUACGUUUGGACCCAUGUGGGGUACAGAUUAUGGCGUAAAAAUAGAGUUCCCUACGGAAAUAAUAUUGGCGUGGAUUUAAACAGAAACUGGAACAGUAACUGGUUAGGCCUUGGAACAAGCUCUAAUUCAUUAUCCAACACAUUCGCUGGGCGCGGACCUUUCUCUGAAGUAGAAACAAGGACACUAUCUGAGUUCAUCAAAAACAUGGCUGACAGAAUCGAUCUGUACCUAUCCUUCCACUCCUCAGGGCAAUUACUUCUAAUACCUUAUGGAAAUACGACGGAUCCUUUGGAUAACUACUAUGAUGCGAUGAAAAUUGGCAGACGAGCCAUGGGAGCUUUAUCAGUGAGAUAUGGAACUCAAUAUACAACGGGAAAUAUAGCUGAAGCCAUAUACUACGCAACAGGAACCAGUAUCGACUGGAUAAAAGAACACUUACACGUGCCCCUGGUUUACUGCUAUGAGCUUCGUGAUCGCGGAGUUUACGGUCACUUGCUGCCUCCAGAACAGAUUCGUCCUACGAGUGAAGAGGUCAUGGACUCUUUAGUUGAAAUGAUUCUACAGGCAAGAAGAUUGGGUUAUAUGAACAAUGGGAAUGCGACAAAAGUUUCUGCUCUAUUGAUCGUUGUUUUCUCUGAAAAAAUUCGUUUCGACAAUUAUACUUUAUACAAAGUGGUUCCAAAAAAUGGGAAACAAGUUGAAUAUCUGGCAGAUUUAAAAGAAACGUUUAAAGAAUACGAUUUUUGGGAUGAAAUUCUUCUAUCUCAAUAUGUUAAUAUUCUGUCUAAACCUGACAUGAAAUCGGACCUGGAAAACUUUUUAAGCGGUGCUGGAAUUGAUUUUGAGAUUACUUUGGAGAAUAUCCAAGAAUUCAUAGACAAAGAAACCAAAAAACACUACACAAGAAACGACAUCAGAAGCAUGCAAUGGGAUUCCUACUAUACUUUAGAAGAUAUAAAUACUUGGCUUGAUGACAUGGUGUUAGCUCAUCCUGAUACAGCUUCUAUAAUAAUUGGCGGCAGAUCACAUGAAGGUCGUGACAUAAAAGGCAUUCGUAUCUCUCACGGAGCUGGUAAAAGAGCUGUUUUUAUAGAAAGUGGAAUUCACUCAAGGGAAUGGAUAUCACCAGCAACUACUAAUUUCAUCAUUAAUGAGCUGUUAACAAGUGAUGAUGAAGAAGUAAAAGCGGUAGCUCGUGAUUAUGACUGGUACAUCUUUCCUGUCACCAAUCCUGACGGUUACGUUUGGACGCAUGUGGGGUACAGAUUAUGGCGUAAGAAUAGAGCACCCUACGGAAAUGAUAUUGGUGUGGAUUUAAACAGAAACUGGAACAGUAACUGGCUAGGCCCAGGCACAAGUUCUAAUUCAUCAUCUAACAAUUUUGCCGGGCGCGGACCAUUCUCUGAAGUAGAAACAAGGACUCUAUCCGAGUAUAUCACAAACAUGGCUGACAGAAUCGAUCUGUACCUGUCCUUCCACUCUGCUGGACAAUUACUUCUAUUACCUUAUGGAAAUACGACGGAACCUUUAGAUAACUACCACGACGCGAUGAACAUUGGCAGACGAGCCAUGGGAGCUUUAUCGGUGAGAUAUGGAACUCAAUAUACAACGGGCAAUAUAGCUGAAGCCAUAUACUUGGCCACAGGAGGCAGCAUAGAUUGGGUAAAAGAAUAUUUACGCGUGCCUCUGGUUUACUGCUAUGAGCUUCGAGAUCGUGGGGUCUACGGUCACUUGUUGCCUCCAGAGCAGAUCCUUCCUACCAGUGAAGAGGUAAUGGACUCCUUGGUAGAAAUGAUUUACCAGGCAAAGCGAUUUGGAUACAUGAAUGCUGGAAAUGCGAUAAAAAUUCCUACUUUGUUGAUCGUGGGUUUUAUUUUAAUUUUACCAAAUGUGUUCAGUGAAAAAAUUCGGUAUGACGAUUAUACUUUGUACAAAAUACAACCAAAAAGUUUAAAUCACAUAAAAUUACUCCAAGAUCUUCAAGACAAUGAUGCGAGAUAUGAUUUCUGGAAUAGUCCAGUACCCUCCGCAACAUACGUAAAUAUAUUAUCAAGCCCUGCAAACAAGGCUGAACUUGAAAAUUUUGUUAAAAGUAAUAACAUGGACUUUGAAAUUGUUACGUCCAACAUUCAAGAAUCUAUAGACAAAGAAGUAGUAAGCACGUAUACAAGAAAUGCUGCCGGGAAUAUGACAUGGGAUCGGUAUUAUGAUCUAGAUAGUGUCUACUCAUGGAUUGACGAUUUAGCAGCCCUCUUUCCGCAAGUAGCUACAAUUGUAAUUGGAGGUAGAACACAUGAAGGUCGACAAAUAAAGGGAUUGAGAAUUUCACACGGUUCUGGUAGAAAAGCUAUUUUUGUUGAGGGUGGUCUACACGCAAGGGAAUGGAUAUCGAUAGCCACAGUUAACUUCAUUGCAAAUGAACUACUGACUAGCGAUGAUGCAGAAACUCGUGCAGCGGCUCGUGAUUUUGACUGGUACAUUUUCCCAAUAACUAACCCUGAUGGAUAUGAUUAUAGCCAUAGAUUUAAUAGAAUGUGGCGUAAGAAUAGACGUCCUAUUGGUCAACACUUUGGUGUAGACUUAAACAGAAAUUGGAAUAGUAAUUGGUUAGUUGCCGGAGCUUCUGUCAACCCUGCUUCAGAUAUUUUUGCUGGUCUUGGACCUUUUUCAGAAAUAGAGACCAGAACUUUAUCAACUUACAUAAAUUCUAUAGGAGAUCGACUUGAAUUAUAUCUUUCCUUCCACUCAUUUGGUCAAAUGCUUUUAUUACCGUUUGGAAAUACAACGGAACCUUUAGAUAAUUAUUACGAUGCGCUAAAUAUUGGCCGGCGAGCUAUGGGUGCUUUAUCAGUUAGAUUCGGGACUCGAUACGUCACUGGUAACAUCGCUGAGGUUAUAUACCACGCAACUGGUGGUACCAUAGAUUGGGUCAAGGAAUUUGUGGGGGUACCUCUCGUGUACUGCUAUGAACUACGAGAAAACAAUACUUACGGCUUCCUGCUCCCGGCAGAACAGAUUCUACCUAACAACUUAGAAGUCAUGGACUCCAUUUUGGAGAUGAUCCAUCAAGCCAGACGAUUUGGAUACAUGAAUAACGCUACUGGUGUUUACGGAUCCAUAUUACUUAUAGCUUUUAUAACCAUCACAAGACUUAUUUAUUAA